UCCCUUGACGGGGCGCGGCGGUGGUAGGUGUCGCGUACGGGAUUCCCGAGCUGACGUGGCUUAAAUUUGGGAGGGGGGCAGCUGGCGCCUCCGGCCGCAGCCUCUUCCAGAAAUGCUGAGUCGAUUGUCAGGAUUAGCCAAUGUUGUUUUGCAUGAACUAUCAGGAGAUGAUACUGAUCAGAACAUGAGGGCUUCCCUAGACCCUGCAUUACCCCAAGAAUCUGACAUGGAAUGUAACAGUAGUACACAAGAGGAUGUUCUGGAGCGCCUGGCUUAUGCUGAGCAGUUGGUGGUGGAGCUUAAAGAAAUCAUUAGACAGAAGGACCUUCAACUGCAACAAAAGGAUGAAGUUCUACAGGAAGAAAGAAAAGCUGCUGAGAAUAAAAUAAAGAAACUAAAACUUCAUGCUAAAGCCAAAUUAACUUCUUUGAAUAAACAUAUAGAAGAAAUGAAGGCACAAGGAGGGACUGUCAUGCCUACAGAACCUCAGUCAGAGGAGCAGCUCUCCAAGCAUGAAAAGAGUUCUACAGAGGAAGAGACAGAAGUAGAAAAGAUAAAACAUAAACUCCAGGAGAAGGAAGAACUAAUUGGCCGUUUGCAAACCCAACUUACCCAGACACAGGCAGAGCAAGCUACACAGCGUUCAACAGAGGAGGAAGAAUUUUUGAUGAUGAAACAACAGCUCCAAGAGAAGGAAGAACUCAUUAGCACUCUGAAAGCCCAGCUCUGUCAGACGCAGGCAGAGCAAGCUGCUCAGUUGAGUUCCAUGCAGCAGGUGGUCCGAGAGAAAGAUGCCCGCUUUGAAACACAAGUUCGUCUUCAUGAAGAUGAGCUUCUUCAGUUAGUAACCCAGGCAGAUGUGGAAACAGAGAUGCAACAGAAAUUAAGGGUGCUGCAGAGGAAGCUUGAAGAGCAUGAGGAAGCCUUACUGGGGCGUGCUCAGGUCGUGGACUUGCUACAACAGGAGCUGACUACUACUGAACAGAAAAACCAGAUUCUCUCUCAGCAGUUACAGCAGAUGGAAGCUGAGCAUAACACCUUAAGGAACACUGUGGAAACAGAAAGGCAGGAGUCCGGAAUUCUGAUGGAAAAGAUGAAACUUGAGGUGGCAGAGAGAAAACUAUCUUUCCAUAACCUUCAGGAAGAAAUGCAUCAUCUUCUGGAACAGCUUGAGCAAGCAGGUCAAGCCCAGGCUGAACUACAGUCCCGGUACAGUGCUUUGGAGCAGAAGCACAAAGCAGAAAUGGAAGAGAAGAUCUCUCACAUUUUGAAUCUUCAGAAGACUGAGCAAGAACUACAUUCUGCCUGUAAUGCUUUAAAGGAGGAAAAUUCAAAGCUUCUCCAAGAUAAGAGUGAACAGGCAAUUCAUUCAGCCCAGACUAUUCAACAACUGGAAGAUCAAGUCCAAUUUCUAAGCAGACCAACCUUGCAAAAACAUGAAACAGCAUCUCAGACUUCUUUCCCAGAUAUUUAUACCGAGGAUACACAGAAGCUUUAUGGUUUUAGCCUUCCCAGUUAAGUCUCUGAACUUCAAAAUUUUUGUGUGUAGUGUAAGGUAAGGGUCAAGGCUUAUUUUUUUCCCCAUAUAUAUGGAUGUCCAGUUGUUUCAGCACUAUUUCUUGAAAAGACUUUACUUUCCUCAUUGGAUUUCUUUGGUGCAUUUGUUGAAAAUCAAAUGAUUACUAGGUCCAUUUUCGAACUUUCUAUUCUGUUAUAUUGAUUUAUUUAUUAGUCCUUAUGCCAGUAUCACAUUGUCUUUACUACUGUAGAGUGUAGUUAGUCUUCAAGUCAAGUAGUAUAAGUCUUUUGAUUUUGUUCUUCUAUUCAAGAUUGCUUUAUUACAGGUGCAUUUCCACAGAAGGUGUACCGUCUGCAUUCUCAAAUUGUAUUUUUAAAAAAAAAUGAAGGAAAGCUCGGUGGGAUUUUGGGUCGGCACUGUGUUGAAUCUACAGAUCAAUCUAGGGAGAAUCAACAUCUUAACACUACCGGACUUAUUAACCCAUGAGCAAAUGUAGUACAUCUUCCCACUUGCUUGUACCUUCUUUAGUUUCCUUCAGUGAUGCUUUGUAGUUUUCAUUGGAGGGACUAUGCACAAUUAAAAGUUUAUUCCAAAGUA